AUGCCUCACCAUGCCAAGUUGGAUAAGUGCUACUGGGCUGAAGCAGCAAUGACGGGCCAUCUACCCAAGUGUCAAGCAUAUGCGAGUAUUUGGCUGUCAGACAUUAUACUGACUCUGAAAGAGAAGCGACUCAAGUGGGAUCUCAAGGCUCGCGCUGGAAUCUUUUCGAGCUACGAAGAAGUGUCCAAGGCAUAUCGUGUAUUUGACAUCGAGGAGGGGCGGGUUGUUGUCAGUCGGGAUGUUAACUUCGACGAGUCAAGUUUUGGACUUUCGCCACCAGUUGAAGAUGACGUCGUCGAUGACUUGGAUUUCGACUCGCUUGGUCUUGAUGAUGAAGGUUUGCGUCAAAUGGAGUAUCAGCAAACUGUCAAGCGCACGAAUUGUUCCAGCGAUGAAGAUGCGGCUGAUCGGCCACCACGUACUGUACGUCAACGGCCUGGAUUGGACAUAUCCAGUGAACCAAAGAACGAUUCACCACGCCAAGAAGAAGAAGAUGACGAAGGAAUCGGACAAAUCGACUCCGCCUGUGUUUUGCGUGCGAGUGCAAAUGCUGUUGAAGCAGCAGUGGAAUUGUCGGAACCGUCGACAUUUGAAGCAGCAGUGACCGGCCCGGAUCAAGUGCACUGGCCCAAGUUGCCCAAUGGACAACGUGCCAAUGGUACCAAGUGGGUCUUCAAGAUCAAACGCAAAGCAGACGAAUCCAUCGAGAAGUACAAGGCACGUCUCGCGGCAAAGGGCUUUUGCUUCGAAGUAUAG